UCUCUUUCUCUUUUAUUUGUCGUUCCACAUGUUGAGGAGACACUGCGUGUAAUUUUCCUAAUGUAUACGCUUGUUUUGUUCAAAAUUCGGCGAAAAGGAAGUUGCUAGAGUGCACACGAGACCCCAUAGUUGUGGAAUUGCGUGAAAAGUGGGCUGAAAAGUGUGUGGAAAGUGCGAAAAAAGGGUCGUGAAGAAAUCUUUUUGUGUGCUCUCCUCGUGGGAAGGUUGGAAUUUUGCAAAAGGGGGCUCUCAAAUACACUUUUGCGUGGGCUAGAGUGAGACAAACAUAGGAGGCUGUUACACGCCAUUUUGCCACGAAACCCCUUUUUCUCACACAGUUCACGGACAAAAUUGCACGAAAGUGCAGCGUUUCGUGCUAAUUUUCCGGGCACAGAGACAAGUCACGCGGUUCCUGGCAUUGCGGGACACGAGCAGCCAAGGGUGGAGAGAGUUUGAGGCGCGUGAGAAAAGGGUUUAGCCUGUGUGGCUCAAGGGAAGGAAAGUCCGCGGAAAGUCGCCCCACAAACUUGGGAGAAUCUUUUUUUUUUGCUAUCAUAGUGUGCGUGUGCUGAGAAGGAGAAAAAUGUCGAACGAGGAGACGUCUGCGGAUCGCAAUGUGGAGAUUUGGAAGAUAAAGAAGCUCAUAAAGAGUCUGGAAAUGGCCAGAGGGAAUGGCACAAGCAUGAUUUCGCUGAUUAUCCCUCCAAAGGAUCAAAUUUCACGUGUUAGCAAAAUGCUUGCAGAUGAAUUUGGUACGGCGUCAAAUAUAAAGUCACGUGUGAAUCGUCUAUCGGUGUUGGGUGCCAUAACAUCUGUGCAGCAUAGACUCAAAUUGUACACCAAAGUGCCUCCGAAUGGUCUCGUAAUCUACUGUGGUACGAUUGUAACGGAGGAGGGGAAGGAGAAGAAGGUCAACAUUGAUUUUGAGCCAUUCAAGCCGAUUAAUACCUCGCUGUACCUCUGCGACAACAAAUUCCACACGGAAGCCCUCACGGCCCUCCUUGCGGAUGACAAUAAAUUCGGUUUCAUCGUAAUGGACGGCAAUGGGGCCUUGUUUGGCACCCUGCAGGGCAAUACGCGUGAAGUUUUGCACAAAUUCACAGUGGAUUUACCGAAGAAGCACGGCCGCGGUGGGCAGUCAGCGCUGCGUUUUGCGCGAUUGCGUAUGGAGAAGCGGCACAACUAUGUGCGGAAAGUGGCCGAAGUUGCCAUACAGCUGUACAUCACAAUUGAUAAGCCAAACAUUGCGGGGCUCAUCCUUGCUGGUAGUGCAGAUUUUAAAACUGAACUGAGUCAAUCCGACAUGUUUGACAGUCGAUUGGCAACGCGAAUCAUUAAACUCGUGGAUGUUUCCUACGGUGGUGAGAAUGGUUUUAAUCAGGCAAUAGAAUUGGCAGCGGAAUCCCUGGCGAAUGUCAAAUUUAUCCAAGAGAAAAAACUCAUUGGACGAUACUUUGAUGAGAUUUCACAGGACACGGGAAAAUACUGCUUCGGCGUGGAGGAUACAUUGAAGGCCCUCGAAUUGGGUGCUGUAGAAAUUCUAAUUUGUUGGGAAAAUUUGGAUAUUCAGCGGUAUGUGUUGAAGAAUCAUGCAAACUCAACGUCAACAACAGUAUUGCAUUUGACGCCGGAACAGGAAAAGGAUAAAUCUCAUUUUACGGAUAAAGAAAGUGGCGUGGAAAUGGAGUUGGUUGAGUCACAGCCGCUACUUGAAUGGUUGGCCAAUAACUACAAGAGUUUCGGUGCUACAUUGGAAAUUAUCACGGAUAAGUCACAAGAGGGGAGUCAAUUUGUCCGAGGAUUUGGUGGCAUUGGAGGAAUUUUACGCUAUAAAGUUGAUUUUCAAUCUCUCCAAGCGGAUGAGCCACUCGAUGAUGUGGAUCUCGAUGAUUAUUAAAAGAAGAAAGAAAGAAAAGAAAAGAAAUGAAAUGAAACAAACACACAUAUAAAAUUUAUCUAUAUCGAAUGGCAGCAAAAUUAUCUACAUGAAAAAAAAAUAUUUGAGAAGAAAAAAACUUCAACUUGAACCAUCCACUGUGUCAGUCUGCAAAAAAAUGUAAUAAAUGACUGAUCUCUCGCACUCUCUCGCCCGAAUUUGCGCGAUUUGAUAGAAAAGUAAAAAAAAAAAGUAAAACAAGUAGAUAAAGAACAAAAAAAUAAUUUAGAGUGAGAGAGAGUUGAUAAAUAAUAUUUAAAAGAAAAAAAAGGAAAUUAGAAUGAAAAAUUAGAUUUAAAAACAAAUUAAAAAAGAUCAAACGACGUUCUCGGACGAUUUUCUACGUUUUUUUUGCUUGUUUUUUGCGAGAUCCACAUUUUUUAAAAUUAUUUUCUUAAUUUCUAUCACUAAAAUAUCUAAUAAAUAUUUUUAUAAAAUACAUCUUCACACAAAGAAUAAGCGAAAUAGAAUCAAAUGAUUGCAUCUUCAAAAAAAAAUGAAAGGUAUUGUUGGUUUCAAUAUCAAAGAGAUUUUUUUUUUUACUAUUUUGUGGUGAUUCUUCAUUUAGAAAGUUUUUUUUUUAAUUUUAUUAUUGGUAAACAUUAAAACGUGCACGUGAAUUUAAUUUUCUUUCUCAUUUUC